AUGCCACACAAGAAGCCAGGGGAGACAGAGGGCCUAGCCGAAGGCAAAGUGGGGGAAGGAAAGCGGCCUGCCAGGCAUGACAGCGAGUCCAAGGACAGCAAAACUGAAAGUCCAGCCUCCCACAAAGCUUACAGUCGGGCCCUCAUGCCAAGCACAGCAAGAAGCAGCAAGAUGACCCUCAUGCAGCUGCCACCAAGGCUAUUCCCCUUUCCUCAACAAGUCUUCGGCAAGGAGAGAGAGCUUUCCCCAUUGGAACUAGAUGAGCUUCUAGAUGCUUUCAAGGAAUUUGACACGGAUCAAGAUGGCUUCCUCAGCUACAAAGAUCUGGGAGACUGCAUGCGAACCAUGGGCUACAUGCCUACAGAGAUGGAGCUGCUGGAGGUCUCCCAGCACAUCAAAAUGCGCAUGUACGGGGCGUAUAGAUUUGAGGAGUUUGUAGAGAUGAUGAGGCCCAAAGUACUAGAAGAAACAGCUCAUAUGGUGGGUGUGAGGGAGCUGAAGAUCGCCUUCCGUGAGUUUGAUACAGACGGAGAUGGAGCUAUCAGCAGUUUAGAGCUGCGCCAGGCUGUGACUGCCCUCUUAGAUGAGGCAACUCAAUGCCAGGAGUUGGAUGAGAUCCUGAAGGAUGUAGAUCUCAAUGGAGAUGGAAAAGUGGACUUUGAUGAGUUUGUCAUGAUGCUGUCAUCUGGGUAA